ACGGACACCGGAAGUGUAGGUACACCUACUUCCUGUACCGUGCCUUGAUUUGUGUCCCCCUCACUACAGGCUCCGGUAAUAUUCGUUCCUCUUCUUCCAGCAUGGAGUCCGCAGACGAUCUGUUCGAAGGGAUUGUGAUGAGCGAGGAGAGGUACCGUGGCGAAGGAUAUGAAGAGGGCUUUGCUGAAGGAAAUCAUGUCGGUGAGGCAGAAGGCAAACAGUAUGGAGCCGCAUAUGGGGCAAGUGCUGGAUCUGAGCUGGGUUGUUACCUGGGAUUUGCGUCUACAUGGAGACUCCUCCUCUCUCCCUCCGCAGGCGAAAAACUGAGCAAAAAAAUUAAGACCCUCGACUCCCUGAUAACAAUGAUUCAGAGCUUUCCCACCGAUGACCCAUCUCAUGAUAAACUCCAGGACGAGCUCGCUGCCAUCCGGGGCAAAGUGAAGCAGGUCUGUUCUAUGCUGAACGUACAGCCUGACUUCCGAGUAAACUAUGAGAACUCUGGACUCUCAUUCUAAACCUUGGCGGUGAAGAUGGUGAUGCUUCGCGAUGCGCCCGGACAGGUGCCGAUUGGCCGGCCCGGGAUCUGGAGCUGUGCUGUGACUGAGAUUGUGUUUGGAGUAGGAAAGACAAAAGAUAUAGGUUAGAGUCCAGUGGUCUCCAAACUGUGGCCCUCCAGAU